GUGCGACCCUAGCAGCAAUAAGAACUGAAUACAACGGAAUACAAGUGACUUCGGUCUCGCCUCAUUUCACUCUGUAACAACGCUAGGCCCAUAGGUCUAGAUGUGUUUUUUUUUUUUGUUAAUUAAUUGUUGAGUGGUGUAGCUACCAAGUCUGUGUACUUCUACAAUCAACAACUAUUACAAAUAUUGUAUUGUUGCAGUUAUUGUGGGAUAUCAGCGCAAUGUAUUUAGUGUCCAGUUUGAAGAUUUUACAGGUGAUUCCAGUACAUGCACGAUACUGCCACUGCAGCUUAAAAGCAACCAAUAAAUUGCUCACUUCAAAACAGAUCCUCAACUUGGCUCCAAUUCGAAAACAAUUUGCUACAAGUGCCACCUUCAAGGACAGAUGGGACGACCCAACUAGUGCUUAUUUAAAAAACCAACCUAUUAUUAAGGAAAAUGUUGAUCGGUUAAUAUAUCAAUUUAACGGAAAAAAACUGCUACAAUUGUCGAACGCAGUCUUUUAUGGCACAGCAUUAAUGGGAUUGUAUCUUGCUCCGGACAUUUUACUUGGUACUUACGAACAUACUGCGGUCAACUUUGAAACAUUUUCAAACCUAGCAGGAAUAACAUUGUCUACCGUGUUGAUUCCUUUGCUCGCUCGCAUGUUUACGAAGAGAAUUGUAUUAAAACUGUAUCAUAAUGCAGCUAUGGACACAUACACCGCACAUGUAUUCUCACCAUUUUUGCGUGUGCAAAAGUUAAUUUUUCACCAUAAUGAUAUUGUAGUUGCUCGCAAAAGGUUGAUUAAUAUCAGUUUAACAACGGUCCGUGCAAAAAAAUAUCCGUUGUUCCUACAGGCUUACAGCUUUGCACUUCCAAGUGAUUUUAACCAUUUGAUGGGUUACGAUAAAUAAAAUUUAAAAAUAUUAUA